UCGCCAGACUAUAAAGGGGAGGCGGGCGGGGGCGGGGCGGCGCGACAGCCGAAAGUCCAGGCAGGCGGAGGAGCGGAGCCGGGGUAGACGCGGAGCUCUGAGUGCGCGUCCUCAGCCCGGCGCAGCGCCGAGCCAUGUCUGAUCCAGCUCAGCAAUCUGCUCCUGGGGCCCCAGAAGGGGGUGCUCUUGGUGGGGGUCCCCCUGGGCCUCCCCCCAACAUGAGUAGUAACCUUCGGCUGCAGCAGUCCCAGGCCCAGAUGGAGGAGGUGGUGAGCAUAAUGAGUGUGAAUGUGGAGAAAGUGCUGGAUCGAGACAUCAGGCUGACCGAGAUGGAUGGCAAGGCAGAGGCACUUGAGGCUGGUGCCUCAGUGUUUAAAACUAGUGCAGGAAAGCUAAAGAGGAAGUACUGGUGGAAGAACUGUAAGAUGAUGAUCAUGCUUGGAGUGAUCUGUGCCAUUGUGAUGGUGGCGAUUGUACUUUACUUUUGUACUUGAGAACAUAGCCCCUCAGUCUGCAGUCCACCUUCCCCUUUUCCUGUUUCCUUGUCCACGCUCCCACCUCCACGUGGCUGCUUCAUCUUCAGUUCUUUUGUUGGUUUUGUUUGUCUUCUGUGUAAGAUUCUGAAGCAACUCUCUUCUGGACCUAGGUUUAACCCCUUCAAUACCUGCUGCAGCCCCAGCAAGGGACAGCUCAAUUUGGGGGAAGAUGUUGCUCCCACUCUUACUUUUGAGGUUAAUUUUUUUUAAAUCUGAAUUUGAUUGUGGCAUGGCUUAGAUGUCACCUUCAUCAUAGCUGUACCUAAAGGGUGUACUUCAGCAAUGUGAGCUUCCUCAAAGCAGUUCCCUGGCUGUGAUGAGCCCAGAAGGAGGACUCCAGUGUGAAAUUGAUUAGAGGAGAGCCUCACCUCAGAGGAGAGCAUCUGAUCUCAGCUCUUGUAGAGUUUCCCUUUAACUGCUGAAGUCUAAACUAGUUUAUGGUGGUCACUUAGCCUUCAGCUCCCCACAGAUAGUGAUGGGUUGUGCCUUGCUCUUGUUGCAGCAGCUCUCUGUUUCACAGGAAUGCAACAAGAAGGGUUGGUGAUCCUUUUUCCUAUGCCACAAGGACAACAGCAGUGGCUAUAUCAGGGGUUGGUAUUCCUGUAACAGAUACAGACUUGUCAGAAUGUCACCCUAGUUAGCUACUGGCAUGCACCUUAUUCUGAGGAAGUCCAGGGCAUGGAGGGAACAGGACUGGUAGAGGGAGUGAGUAGGAAUUCUGGAUUUUUCUUGCUUCAUCAAGCUGUGUACCUCAUUCUGUUGCAUGAAGGGAGACAUGGGUUGGGGGGUCCCAGGUGUGGGGAGUCUCUGUUGCUUAAAUAGUCAGCUGAGCAACUGCAUCCUGUGUGUUUCUGGGCAAGUCCCCAUCUUCUGCUCUGAUCUUUCUCCAAAGCCUCAUUCUCUGAAGGAGAUACAAAAAAUGGUAGUAAAGUAGAGCUCUGCCCUGAGAAAGAGCUUUGGGAAAAGGUCUUGAGAACUCUGUAUUCAGCAUCUCUUGGAUCUCAGCAAAUCUGCCUGGUUCAUAAACUUAAAACUCUUGCUAUAUGCUGGUGCUACAAACUCUAGUUUAGACUUUUGAGUCUAUACUGGGCUCUCUUCAGAGUUUGUCAUCUAGUCCAGCUCUGGGAAGGUGGGGAGUUGGGAGCAGGUAAAACUGUAUAACCUUCUGUGGGUAAGUCACAUCUCUUCAGAGAUGGGAAAAUGGAGGCACAAAAGAGCUACACAGCUGCUCUGAGUCCUUGAAGUGUGAGGUGAAUUCUGUGGAUGAAAUGAGCUGCACAGUUUCUGUGCAAGUCCCUACAGAACCUCUUGUGAGUAUUUUGUUCUCAAACAGAAUCACUGAGGGAAGAGUGUAGGGAGAAGAAGCAAUGCUCCUUGUAUUCUAGACCAAAAGGAAGGGUUCCUCAGUUCAGGGAGCCCUGGCUAUGAAUUAGAAUGCACUGGGACUUACGUGCAGGGGCCAAUGAUCCUGGAAAGGAGGAUGCCAUCUGUGGGGUUUCAUGGGUGUGAGGUAGACUGAAUGUUGAUAAAGAAAGAAAAGACUCUGUUGCAAUAGGACAUUCUGGGAAGGGUAUGGGUUUUGCUUGCUCACCUCCAUGAACCAGCAUUUCAUUUGCGCUGAGUCCAUAUGCCUGUAAUUCCCCAUCUCUCCCCAUCUUGGGGAGGGCAAAACCGAAGAUCUGGAGUGAAGUGGCCCUCGUUCUGAGUGCUUCCCACUAUCCUCUGUCGAAUUGAGCUGUGGAGAUGGAUGGACAGAAGUACAUCUGCUGAAGAGGAGCUAGGGCCUGAUUGUACUGAUGCCAUAAUUUGGGGGGAGGGCAAGCAAGAUGAUGCAGGGCUCCCAAGCCAGCAGGUAUUGCUCAGAUUUUCUUGGACAAGCCCCCUCCCCCAUCCCUCCUGUUCUUCUGGGGCUGAGGCCUCUGGGCUGUUUCUUUUAUUUAUCUUCCUGUUGGUGUUUUGUAUGUUGUGCCCCUCUUUGUGGUUCUUUGUGUGCAGGCAAAAAAUAUUCCCCCACCCCUGUUCUUCUGAACAUAAAGCAAGGGACUUGCUUCCCUGGCCACAUGGCUUCAGUGGCUGUCUCACACAUGUGAUUUGUGUCAUUUCUCUAUAAACACAACUGUAACCUUCUCCUUGGGCAUGGAUAGCACCCAGCUCAUGUACUUUGAACUCUCUCUGCUAAUAAACACAAUUCUACUCCCUUA